UGUCUGCAAAUAAACUACCCAGAACCAAGCUGCUACCUGCUUAGAACACCCAUGUGGCCGCCAGGGAGGGAGCCUGGGACCAGGUAGCUGCAGGAUCUAGCCCCCGGCCGGGCCAGGCGGAGCAGAAAUGUCAGGGAAGGAGAACAACUUCCCGCCCCUGCCCAGGUUCCUGCCGCUCAAGCCCUGCUUCUACCAGGACGUCGCCAGCGAGAUCCCCGCCGAGCACCAGGUGCUGGUGAAGAGGAUCUUCCGGCUGUGGAUGUUCUACUGCGCCACCCUGGUGGUGAACCUCGUCGCCUGCCUGGCCUGGUGGAUCGGCGGAGGCGCAGGUGCCAACUUCGGCCUGGCGCUGGUCUGGCUGCUGCUCUUCAGCCCCUGCAGCUAUGUGUGCUGGUUCCGUCCGGCCUACAAGGCCUUCCGAGCCGACAGCUCCUUUAACUUCAUGGCCUUCUUCUUCCUCUUCGGAGCCCAGUUUGUCCUGACUGUCCUCCAGGCCGUUGGCUUCUCAGGAUGGGGCGCGUGGACAGCAGGCCCUUGCCCAGUACGCAUGCUGAAGCUCACUCUCCCCUGCAGUGGCUGGCUGGCAGCGAUCAACUUCUUUCAGACCAGCAUUGGGGCUGCUGUGGUCAUGCUGCUUUCAGCCAUCAUGUUCUCUCUGUCUGCUGCCAUGAUGGCAGUUGCCAUCAUGAAGGUGCACAGAAUCUACCGUGGGACUGGUGGAAACUUCCAGAAGGCACAGACGGAGUGGAGCACCGGUGCCUGGCGGAACCCCCCUUCCCGGGAGGCCCAGUACAACAACUUCUCGGGGAACAGCCUGCCCGAGUACCCCACCGUGCCCAACUACCCAGCCAGUGGCAGCCAGUGGCCUUAGAGGGAGCCGCUGGCCAAGCUGCCGCCCGCCUUCUCUGCCACUCCCACUCCUGUUGCCCUCGGGUCCCCAUGGCCCUCCCCAGCCAGGGCCUGUGGACCCCAUGUUCCUCCUGCCCCAACAGCAGGGCUCCUGGCCAGCCCUGCCUGGCGGCUCUCUGGCCUCUGCUGUCCACUGUGGCAGGCACAGCCUCUGUCUCCAGGUCACAGAGGGCCCAGCUGAGGGGCCCCAGGGGGACAGUGGCAGCAGGCUGGUGCCCACCGUCCAUCCAGAGUUGCUGACACAGUGUCCUCACUCUUGGCUGCUUGUGGCAUCUUUGGUGCCAACCAGGAAGAGGCCUGGCAGGGUCCAGGUCCCCUGCAGGUGGCAGAGGUUUGGUGCACGUUCGGCCCUCUGUGUCUUUGUCAUCCUCCUACGUCCCUGCUCACCUGCAGCCAGUGACUCAUGGGACCAGCCCACAGGGAUGGCCAGAGGCAGAACCCACCUCCCCAGUGACCUGCACUGCCCGUCCACCCAUCCAGCAGUCCUCCCCGUGCGUCUUGCUGGACAGGGCCUCUGGAGCCACACUGUGGCUGUGACAGUCCCUCCCCUCCUGGGCUAGCCCAGCCUGUGCCCGUGCCCCAGGGUGUGGCCCCCCAGAGCAGGGCAGCGAGGGGGCCCUGCCUCCUGCUCAGGAGCCCAGAGGACCCUGGGGGACCGCGGGCAGGCAGAGGCGGAGCCCUGGGAUGGCCCCUCAGGGCCGAGCUGUGCCUUACAGAGGACUUGUCCCUCCACUCCUGCCCUCUGGGGCGCUGUGUCCUUGGAGGAGCCGGGUGCACCCUGGGCUGGGCUCAGUGGUGGAGCGCGCCGAGCAGAGGAGGCCCUGGUUCCAUCCUCAGUUCACGUUAAAAGAAUUGAUAUAAUAAAGGUAUCGCGUCUACCCACAGCUACAGAAUUAUCACACCAAGAGGGCCAAAGUGUCUCACGGACAUGUCUGUGUCCCCUUUGGUGACAUCUGGGCAUAAAAUCUUCCCUUUGGUGGCCUUUCUGUGCUGCUGGCCAAGACUUCACGGUGCCCAGCUGCCACCCCUUGCAGGGCAGGCCCUUCCCAGCACACCGGGGGUCACCGGCUCUCGCCAGGACCACUCAGUCCAGGCACCCACGUUCUCCACCCCAGAGCAGAGGGGAAGGCAGCCUGGUGCCAUGCAGGCCCAGGGCCCCCCAGAGCCCCACGGCCCCGGCCAGCCUCUUGCCCGCAGAAGCCUGCCCUGCCUGUGACUCCCCCUGGGUGGCAAAGCAGUGCAGCCACCAUGGGGAAGAGCCUCGAACUGCCAGUAGCACCUGCCCCACCCGCCAGCCCUGCACCCUCAAGACUGGUGGUUUUUGUUAGGUGAAAAUAUUCUGGAAAUAAAUCCUUUUUUUGCAUCAGA